GCACUCCCUGUUGAGCCAUUUAGUGGGUGACACAUUGAGCUGCAGUCAGGAAUGCUACCCUGUGAGAAGAGAAAAAGAGGGAGAAACAACAAUGGCAGGGGGAGGAGAGAGAGAGAAACAGACAGAGAAAGAGAGAGAGAGAGAGAGGAAGAAGAGAGGAUAAACCAGUGUUGCAGGUUUGCGUCACUGUACACACUCCAUCAUGCAAAGCUGAUGGAAAGAGAAGACAGAGAGAGAGAGGAGUUAGUCGCUGAUGUCAUUACAUAGCGCUACCUUCAUUAUAAACCUGUGUCAACACGGUGGUUCUUCACUCCUAGAUAAGGCAAUUCAGUUUCCUGAAGUCGUGCUGGGGGGACCGAAGACUCCAAGGGACAGAACGACAAAAGAUCAAGGAGAGGAUCCCAGAGGAGUCAUCUCAUCCAGACCACAAAACAGAAUCAUCAGGAGCAUCGCUGAAAUAUCAAACUUUCCAAUGCAGGAUUUGUUUCUGUGCAAGAAACUAUUGAGAGGGCUGUAAUUGUUUCCACUGUGUCACUGCUUUUCACACACAGCUGCAGACAAACUUUCUUCCAGAUUGCAGUCUAAAGGAGUUGCUUGGAAUCGCUUAAAUAUCAAGUUCACUCUUCUGCUCUCUUUUUGGGAUUUGGCACUUGACAGCAGGUCAUUAACUUUGUUUAUUCUCAGAAAAUGGACACCAUGUUCCCUACUCCAGUGAGUGAGUACAACAAGCAGAGGACAGGAGCACGCUUCACUGUCCGCUCAGCAAACUCGCCCUCUUACAGUCUCACUCGCAGGCCAGGUGUUAGGAAACCCAGAUGUUUUUUGGAGGAGGAGAGGGAGAGCACUGAAGAAGUCAGUGAGAAAGAGAGAUAUGGUACACACACUGGCACAAAUGGUACAAACAAGGAGGAGGAUCGCCCGGUCACUGGUUAUCACAGCAGGACUGGGUGUCACAGCAGUGUCAAAGGUCAGUGUGAGGAGAAGGAAUCAUCAGGCCAUAAAAUGUCUACCAAGCUGAACCAGAAUGGCACAGCAGACAAAACUAUCACAGAGUUGGACACUGACAGAAGUAGAAACUGUAACCCUGCAUCUGAAAGCCAGGGCAGGACAGACUGGAGGAGACAUAACCUGUCAAGUAGAAGUAAGAGUUUAGAUAGGAGGACAGGGGUAUCAAGCCCUGAUCGGGGCAACAUUUCUGACAUGUUCGUGUUAUCAACCAAACGAGGCUCGGAUGAAAGAAGGAUUGGAGUUGAAGGCGCGAGGGGCAGGGUGAUGCCUUCAAUACAGGCAUAUAACUCUGAGGUCACAAGUAAUGUUCGAGAGAGGAGCCCAGUGAAGAACACGAGUCAGACUUUGGACACGGCCAGUAAGGGUCAUUCUCUCCCCACUAGGUUGAGGUCCCUGUCUGGACCUGGCUCUGGUGUCAGAGGGACAUCUACUUUGUUUGGGCCUAAAGGAGGUCAGAGUAUAAUGGAGCGGAUUGAGAGACUCUAUGGUAAAAUGGAGGAUUGCAGCAAAAUUAGCGACUUCUCUGCCCCAGUGACAUCCCAUUACCGAGAAACAACCACAGACAUCCUCAUCUCGCCACAGCAGAGCUCGUAUGAGAGGGAAUCGGGGGAAACCUUCCCCAGGCGUUUCUCAUCAGGGGAGAAAAGUAGCCUCAUUCCAGUGCAAAGCAGGAAGUCCUUCACCUGGACACAAAAAGACACUUCUGAGACUUCCCUCUCUCCAGGGACAAGCAGGACCAGGGACAGAUUGUCAGGGGUUCAGUGGCAAGGAAAGAUCCUGGGCAGGUAUUCAGAAGAAGGGGGGGUCAACUGGGGUAGAGGGUCAGAGGAAAUGGGCACAAGGUCUCUGGAUAGAGCAAGGAGCAGGUUCUCUGUAGCAGCUAAGACACAAUCUGCAAGGGCUGCAAAAGGAAUUAAUGCACCUCCACAGUCAAACACUUUCUUAGAAGAAGAGAGAUCAGUUUCUUUGAACAAUUUGUCUGGUUUGAGAGAGAGAAGAGUAAGUGGCACCCUGGGUGGGGUGAAGGGCGAGACAAAUGGAAUAACGGGGACAUUGAGAAAAAGAACUGGGUGGCUUGAAGAAGAGAGAGAUGAUGGCGCAAAAGAAAAUAACAAAUUAAAGAAUAACAGCAAUUAUGAAGAUGUGUUUGAGUCAAACCCACAGAAAAUCACGAUGAAACCAGUAGAGAAGAAGGGGUUGCCAGCCGCCUCUGCAGCCAGUGUGAGAAAUAAGAUCAACCAGUUUGAGGCUCUCACACAGAGAGUCCAGGGUUUGGCUACAGGACAGAUCCUGAUGCCAAGACGGGCUUUUUCUGUGCCAACACAACUCAGUUGUGCUCAUGAUGGAGUGAAAAAGAGCGGGUCAGCAAAAGCGAUAGGUGGAUUGAGAUACAAGUGGGAGGGAUUAAAAGAGGGAGAGGAGGCAGGUGAUGAAGCCGAGGAGACGGGUACAGGAGCAAGAAAGAAGCUUGUGUCAGAUAGGUCUCUGUCGGUGGAUGAGGUUGGACUAAGAUUAGGGAGGAAAGAGAGAGAAGGAAAUGUUUUGGUUGAGAAUGAAGAGAAAGAAACAUACAGCGGUAACAAUUGUGCUGAAGAUUUUGGUAAAUAUUCCAGACUCAAAAGUACACUACAAAUACCGCUAUAUGGAGGAGCUCAAAGACAACGCAGAAACUUUUACAUAGAUGAGACAGAUUUCUACAAAACCUCCAGCCCUGAGGAGGCAAGCGAGACACCGCAACCCUCACUACUGUUCGACUCCUGUGACACUUCCGCUGGUGUGCAGAAAUCAACAUCCCCUAGAGUUACUUCACCUGUUAGUGAUGAAGACAAGACUCCAACAAACUCUUCAAACCACUCGCCCUUUCUUUCGCCUACCACAGCGAACGCCCUUCCCUUUGCAGAAAGUGGAAAUGAAAGUACCUCUGUCCUCACACAAGCAGCCAAAACUCCCGAACGAGAUUCCCCUCCUCACCUUCGUCCCCUCGCUACCUUGUCCCACAGCAACCUCCCUGACCUCAUCUCUCCAGAUGUCAAUACAGUCAAUCCACAUGGGAAGAAACAGGUGUUGGAUGCUUGGGUAGCUGGCUGGAACACAGAGAUUAAGGUCUGUAAUGAUGAUGAAGAUGAUCAUGAGGAGGAUGAUGAUGAAAGUACACAGAGGGAUGAGGAUUCAAACUAUGAUUCCGACUCUGGAGAGUCCUCGCUGACCAUCACUAGUAACAUGAGCCAGUCUGAUCACAAGAGCUUCUGCGUCAGUCUUUCAGAUCUGUGUAACUUUGCUGGAGUUGAGAAUGAGUCUGAGAAUGACAGCGAUGAGUGGCAAUAUACAAGCAAUCGGACAACCUCGCUGAGCUCAGACAUGUCGGCUCUGUCCUGUGUGUCAGUGAUGCCCAGCGAGGAGCUGGACAGGCUGCUGGAGGAUGUCAGGAGUGUUGGGGACAGCACCCUGCAGGACUAUGACGAUGUGCACGUGGUGGUUCUCCAUAAGGACAUAGGAGUGGGACUGGGCUUCAGUCUGGCGGGAGGCGUGGACCAGAACAAGCCAGUCACUGUUCACAAGGUGUUUCACUCAGGUGUUGCAGCCCAGGAAGGCUCCAUAAGGGAAGGGGACCAGGUCCUGUCAAUCAACGGCACGGCACUGUGCAGCUACGCCCACUGGGAGGCCCUGAGGGUCCUGAGGAGAACAAAGACUCGGGAGAUGGGGGUGGUGGUCCUGAGGAGGGGAGUGAAUAGCAUUGUCUGUAAGAGGGGAGCGCAGACAAAUAAUCAGGGACCAACGCAGACCGAGUUCACUGAGACAGGUCGGCUUCUGUGUGUGCAUCUGGAGAAGAACAGCAGGGAUCUGGGUUUCAGCCUGGAGGGAGGUGUAGACUCCAAUCUGGGGAACAGACCACUUACUGUACAGAAGAUCUUCCAGGGAGGUCCUGUGGACAAGGUGUGUCCUGGUGAUGAGGUCGAAGAGAUUGGAGGUAUGAGCGUGGUGGGGAUGAGACGCCUGGAGGCCUGGACUCUGAUCAGAAAUCUGCCCUCUGGACCUGUGGACGUUGUGCUUCGUCGCCAUCCUAAACAUCUGGAAACAUGACGAUUGUUGAGGGGCUUUGCGCACAGUAAAGUUCAGUGACUGAUGAAGGACAACAAACUAAAAGCCAUCCAUUGCCUGCAGUGGCUUAGAACUUGACAUGAAUUAAGUGAGCUAUCUGGGCAUAUAAUGCCAUUAAACAAUUCAACAAUAUGUAGUCAUUAUAACAAUCCCUAAAGGAAAUAUAAUCUUGGAGAAAAGGUUAAAAGUGUGUAUUUUUCUCACUUUAGCUACAGGAUUACAUCUACCUCAAGGCCCGGGAAGUUUUUGUACUGGCCAUAUUAAUGUUUAGUGUGCACUGAUGGCUCAUACAUUUAUCAAGUCAACCAACCUUUAAAACAGAUACUUUGGUCAGCUGAAAGCUAGUCAUGUGGCGCCUGUGAAUAAAACCACGUCGUAAUAUAUUGUGAAUAGAAGCUAACUACAUUUAGCAUUUAUAUUGCUUUUUAAUAAAUCCUAACUUAAAGUCAUGCUUUUUAUUCUUAUGUCCCGCAGAGGGAGAUAGUGUGUUAUGAAAUUAUCCUGUAUCCAGUUGGCAGAAAAAGCCUUGGUGACAAAACUUUGAAGUGGGGUAAAGAUACCUGUCCUUAUACAUUACUAGCAGUGAUAUUCCUGAAAAGUAGAUGUUAUAAGAUAAGGUGUCACUAGCUGUAGAUGUCACCACGCACUAUGUCAAGGUUUAUGUUGUGGAGAGAUAGUCAUAACUUCACUUCAAACUCAAAAGAUAUCCUAUGGUACCAGUCUGUUAAUAGCAGUGGAAAUGACAGAAAUCUAAGCAUUCUCACCAGUGAGGAUGUGCGACUGACUUGUGCCAAACAGUCUUCAUAUCUUAUCUGAUAUCAACAUAUUUCGUGCAACAGUAAUAUGUCCCUGAAAGUUAUCAGCAAUAACACGGUUCUUUACUCCUACACAGCAAUUAUUUGGGUUAUAUAAUCCAUUAGUAGUCCAGAGUUCAGUGAAGAGGGGUUACUUUAUGAAGAAACAUAGGGAUGAAUAAGCACAGAUAACAUCUGUAACUGGUGUCUGGUGGAAAGUACUGUAGAUGGGUUUCUGCGAGAGGUUUCUGCUGUAUAUAUAUUCUGUGACUUAUUGGUCUCUGUUAGUGUGUUGUCAACACAUAAUCUGACUAUUUAUGGCCUCCAUUCAUAUAACCUCUAACUGCUGAAGCACAUACCCUCUCUGCACCAGCCAAUCCUCAGGUAUCACUACCCAAUAAAUGGGUAAUACUGUUUAACCAGCUGUGGAAAAAGAGAAGGCAGAGAAGUGUAAGGGAUGCAGUGCACAGGUCUUUAGAUGUUCAGGUGGAAGUUGUGACAAAAACCUUUUAAGCACAGCUGGUGUGUCUGACAACAGAGACAGAGCUCAGUGUGAGAUGAGAAGAAGGAUUUAACUCGAACAAUGUUGAACCGACGUGUCGGGAGAGUGAGGAAUGCCCUGGUGCGAGAGUGCAUGGCUGAGUUCUUGGGAACUUUUGUGUUGCUGGUAAGUGACACCCAGGCUUUUGGAUUAUUGUUAUUUUUAAGCAAUUGUCUAAUUUUAUUUAUCAAUAAGGUCCACGUUGUUUGAGUAUUUGGAGUUUUUUUAAAUCCCUGAAUAAACAUUUAAUACACAAAAAGACAGACAGGUGAAUGUAUGGUUGAAUACAUAAACUUGAACAAUUCCUCAAUGUCCUUAUACAAUUUUCUCUCACAAUCAAAUAGCUUCAAUUUCAUUUGCGAUGUGAUCUUAUUUAUUUAUUUUAUGCUAUUUGUUCUUAGUUUUGAGUACAUUGGACAUGUGAGUAAUAUAGGUUGUAUGUUCCUUAAAUUUUACUGACCAAUGGCAAUAUUAGCAUCAUAUGAAAACUCCUAUUGUCAUUGUAUUUGUAAAUCUGCUCCAAAGCUUGAACUGAAGUGCAUAUUCUUUUCCAUAAAUCAAACAAAAUGCAAA